GUCCAGAACCCGGUAAAAGAAGCAGGCGGCGCCGGGACUUUCUAGUUUGAGAUCAGAACCCCCAGAGCUCUCAGUAGCAAGUCGGUGCCACUGCUGCAGCGCCGAGGUCAGGGUCACCGACCGCUGUCGUGUCGGCGCACUCGGGACCCACCGUCCGGGCGCCGAGUCCGUCAGUCGGGUGAGCCCGGCUCUCACGGCCUACGUUCCUCCAGGGGACUCGAGGGCGGGGCCCGCUCUGCGGACCCCGGGCACUCGGGUGGCCAUCCGUGGGUGCAGUCUAUGGUGCUGCCGCUCUGCUGUUAAACCCGGCCUGGCUGCUGACGGGGACCGAGAGGGAAGUCGGGGUCGGUUUACACAGUGGAGACACCCUGUGCAGAACGUGGGAACCUUAGAUGCCAGGCAGGCCUCGGGGAGCUGAAAGCCGCGGGACAUCUCGGAACUAGAGGCCGGGCAGCCCCAGGGGUGGAGGUAACUCCGGUGUCCGCUGAACAGGCUAGCCGAAGCAGCAGACUCGGACACGAGUGACCGUGAACUGCCUCCAGUCUCCCUGUCGCUUGCUGUGGUGCAUGCGGGUGGGGUCAGUUGGGAUCCCUGAAGCGUGGAAGGGGGCUCUGACCAAGUUCAGAAAAGCGUGGGGGUGAAGCCGGAGGGCGUGGUGGCACACGCCUGUGAUGUCAGGAUUUGGGAGGUGGAGGCAGGAGUAUAAGACAGUCAAGGUCAUCCUCUGCCGCCUGACUUUUGGGUUGCAAGAGACCCCAUCUGAAAGAAAAAAAAAUAAAGAAGAAAGAAGGCCCGGAGUGUCUUGAAUUUGCUCCGCCUCUCCAGCCUGCAGGUCUUGGAAAGAGGCCCUAGAAGCCAGCAUCCGCUGCUUCUGUUUAAAAGCGAGAUUACAGCUCUGUCUCUGACCAGCUUCUCCAGGGCGUGAUGCUCGAGGAAGGACAAGCCAGUUCUUGCAAUUCUAGAACCAUGGCUCAUAGUGAGGUGAUGUUCAGAGAUGUGACUGUGAACUUUUCUCAGGAAGAGUGGGAAUGCCUGAAUUCUCACGAGCGGGACCUGUACAAAGAUGUGAUGUUAGAGAACUACAGCCAUCUGGUGUCCCUGGCAGGAUGCUCCAUUUCUAAGCCAGAUGUGAUCACCCUGUUGGAACAAGGGAAAGAGCCCUGGAUGGUUGUGAGGGAGGAGAAGAGAAGGUGGAGUCAAGAUCUGGAAUCUAGGUAUAGCAGUAAGGUGUCAUUUCAAGAAAAUAGUACUCAUGAAAUUAAUUUAUCUCCAUGGGAAAUAAUGGAAAGAAUUACAAGGCAUGGCCUCGAAGACUCCUUUUAUGGGAAAGAAUUUGAAUAUAAAAUGUUUGAAGAACAAGAGAGUUCUCAUAGAUUAUAUUCCAGGCAAAUGACAAAACCCACCCCUGGAAAAAGACCUCUGUACAGAAAACGCUCAUCUGUUGGUCUCUAUCAGAAAAAUAGCAGAGAAAAGCCCUACGGGUGUGGGGAGUGUGGAAAGGCUUUCAGAGUCCGCCAACAGCUUACUUUCCAUCAGAGAAUCCACACCGGUGAGAAGCCCUACGAAUGUAAAGAAUGCGGAAAAGCCUUCCGACAGUGCGCCCACCUCAGCCGACACCAGAGGAUUCACACUUCUGACAAGCUCUACGAAUGCAAAAAGUGCACAGAGAUCUUCACGUGCAGCUCAGACCUCCGCGGACACCAGAGAAGUCACGUCGGCGAGAAGCCGUACGAGUGUCGAGAGUGCGGGAAGGCCUUCCGCGUGCGGGGACAGCUUAGUCUCCACCAGAGGAUCCACACGGGCGAGAAGCCCUACGAGUGCAGGCAGUGCGGGAAGACCUUCCGCCAGUACGCGCACCUUACCCGGCACCAGAGGCUCAGCAGUGCCGGCUUGAGCUACAAGUGCGACGAGUGUGGCCAGACUUUCCUGUGCAGCACGGGCCUGCGGCUGCAUCACAAACUGCACACGGGAGAGAAGCCGUACAGCUGUGCGGAGUGUGGGAAAGCCUUCCGCGUGCGGCAGCAGCUCACCCUGCACGAGCGGAUCCACACGGGCGAGAAGCCCUUUGACUGCAACGAGUGCGGGAAGAGCUUCAGCCGCGGCUACCAUCUGACGCUCCACCAGAGGAUCCACACCGGGGAGAAGCCGUACGAGUGUAAGGAGUGCCGGAAGUUCUUCCGCCGAUACUCGGAGCUCAUCUCCCACCAGGGUAUUCACGUCGGGGAUAAGCCGUUUGACUGCAAGGAAUGCGGGAAGGCCUUUCGGCUCUUCUCCCAGCUGACGCAACACCAGAGUAUCCAUUUUGGUGAGAAGCCGUACAAAUGUUUGGAAUGUGAGAAAACUUUCCGACUGCUCUCGCAGCUUACUCAACAUCAGAGCAUCCACACGGGGGAGAAACCGUACGACUGCCAGGAGUGUGGGAAAGCCUUUCGGCUCCACUCGUCACUAAUCCAGCAUCAGAGAAUCCAUUCCGGCGAGAAACCGUACAAAUGCACCGAGUGUAAGAAGGCCUUCAGACAGCACUCGCACCUCACCUACCACCAGCGAAUUCACAAGAAUUCGUCCUCUGUGCUUGCUGUUCAGUUCACCCCGAAGUACAUCACCUUGAGGGAUGGCUACCGAAAGCAGUGCUGUUCUUCACUCUAUUGUGUUCAUUACUGGUAUAACGGAAAGGGACUGACUUGGCACGGAGGAGAUGGCUCAGUUGUCUCUUCGCCGUCAACCAGACACACGAUGACAAAGUACACGUCUCACGAUGCCCCCGUGCCAGCUUGUUCCUCCGUGCUCCACACCGGGCUGGACCUUCCAGACCCUUGGCACCAAGGCGCCUCGUCAUCCCCAAAGAAAGAUGUGUGGAGUAUAGCGAGUGUCAUUUUAAGGACUGGAAUCAGAAUGGCCAUGGCAACCGAGUUUGGGGGUGAAGGACUUUCCUACGGAGCGUGGAGUUCUGAAGAGGAUGUGGUGGCGUUUCGGGCUGACAGAGUUGGGGUAAUGACGUUCAGAGAUGUGGCUGUAGACUUCUCCCCGGAAGAAUGGGCGUGUCUGACCCUGGAACAGAGGCAUUUGUAUAGAGAAGUGAUGUUGGAGAACUACAGCCACCUCGUCUCAGUAGGCCUUUGCAUUUAUCAACCACGUGUGUUCCCUGUGUUGGAAAAGGAACAAGAUGCCUCCGUGGAUUUGAGCAGUGAGACCAGCAGGUUUUACCCAGGUAACCAGGUGCCUGGCCUCAAGUCAUGUCCGAAUCUACCUUACCUGUAUGCUAGCAGUCAGAAAGUUCUACCGAAAACUAGCAAAUGUGCAAGGCAGUUAUCCCAGUGGGAAUUAAUGGAAACCGAAGGUUCCUGUCCUAGAGCUGACUGGGAGGGCAAAGGUCAAGUCCCAGCACAAAAGGGGAGUCAGGAGGGAUGCUUUAAGCAGAAGGCGCUUACCUGUGAAGAAACGCCCCUUUUGAGUCAGCUCACAGCUUUUAGUCAGUGGCCAGGACUACAUAUAGAAGAGAAAGCAGAUGACUUCAAGUCUGAAAAGUCCCAUGGUUUUGCCGCAGACGCCACCCAACUCCAGUUAAUUCACCCGGGUGAGAAAUUCGAAGAAGACGAAAAAUGUGGGAAGAGCUUUCCUCCUGGUGCCAGACUGGCGCGGUGCCACGCGCUUCACGCCGCGAAGAAGGCGUUCCAGUGCGAGGAGUGCGGCAAGGCUUUUAGCUUCCGCUCCAGCCUUACCGGACACAAGCGGAUCCACACCGGGGAAAAGCCCUUCCAGUGCAAGGAGUGCGGGAAAGCCUUCAGAUUCCAUUCGCUGCUCAGUGUCCACGUCCGGAUUCACACGGGGGAGAAGUCCUACGAGUGUAAGGAGUGUGGGAAGUACUUUAACUACAGCUCGGACCUCACUCGGCACCACCGGAUCCACACCGGAGAGAAGCCCUACCAGUGCAGGGAGUGUGGGAAGGCCUUCAGCUGCGGCUCAGACCUCACGCGCCACGAGAGGAUCCACACUGGUGAGAAACCCUAUGAGUGCAGCGAAUGUGGGAAGGCCUUUAUCCAGCAGUCGCAUCUCAUCAAACAUCAGAGGAUCCACACUGGUGAGAAACCUUACGUGUGCAAGGAGUGUGGGAAGGCCUUCACGUGUGGCUCACAAUUAAGCCAGCACAGGAAAAUCCACACUGGUGAUAAGUUGCGUAAGUGCACAGAAUGCAAAAACUCCUUCAGUUUUGCCUUAGAUCAUACCCAGCGGCAGUUAAUAUACAUCGGCGAGAAGUUCUUUGACGAUAAGGAAAAUGGGAAGACGCUUUUUCCUGAUUCAGAACUUCCUCGGUACCAGACAGUCCACGCCGGUAAGAAAGUAUACGAGUGCCAAGGAUGUGGCAAGGCCUUCAGUCUGCGCUCCAUUGUCAGCAGCCUGAAGAAAAUUCACAACCGGGAGAAGCUCUUUAAAUGCAAGGACUGCGAGAAGGCCUUCCGGUGUCCCUCGGAUCUGGCCCGCCAUCAGAAGAUCCACACCGGCGAAAAGCCCUACAAGUGUAAGGAAUGCGGGAAGGGAUUCAUUUGCAGAUCAGACCUUGGCCGGCAUCAGAGAGUUCACACCGGAGUAAAGCCUUACGUGUGUAAGGAGUGUGGAAAGGCCUUCACUCGCGGGGCACACCUCACUCAGCAUCAGAAAAGUCACAGUCAGAAGCCGCACGAGUUCAGCGGAGGUGAGAAGGCCUUCGGUUCUGCUUUAGAAAACCCUCAGCGGUCGCUGAUUCGUUCUGGUGAGAAAUUCUGGGAGGAUAAGGAAUAUGCGGAGACCUUUGCUUGUGGUGCAGAUCUUACUCGGUUUCAGCCUGGGAAGACGGCAAAUGAAUAUAAAGCGAACGGCAAGGACUUCGGCUGGCGUUCAGGUGACAGAGAUCUUAAGACAAUUCAUAUUCGGGAGAAACGUUUUCAGUGUCGGGAGUGCCCAAAGGCCUUUAGAUACAGCUCGGAACUCACACGACACCAGAGGCUGCACACUGGUGAGAAGCCCUACAAAUGCCAGGAAUGCUGGAAAGCGUUUGCUUCUGCCUCAGACCUGGCUCGGCACCAGAGGAUUCACACCGGGGAGAGGCCCUAUGAGUGCAGUGAGUGUGGAAAGGCCUUUAUCCAACAGUCGCAUCUCAUCAAACAUCAGAGGAUCCACAGUGCCGAACAGCCCAAGGGUGUAAUGAGUGCGGAAAAGCCUUCGGUUGGCAACCCGAUGUUACUGAACAUGAGGGAGUUCACACUGGUCAAUAAUCUUAUCAAUUUAAGGAGUGUUGGAAAGAUUCUGCUCAUGGCUCAGCUCAAUCAGUGUCAGAAGAUAUAUACUGAUGAGGAGUCAAGUUGAGGCAGAACACUUGGAAAAGCCUGUUUCUGUGGCUCAAAUUUUACGCAGCACUAGAAUGCCCACAUUGGUAGGGAACCUGACUGAGCUUUAGGAAAGCCUUCUUCUGUAACUCAAGCCACUGUCUCUUGAGGGAUGGCCCUUUACACUGUGUGAAGAUAAUGCCACUGUGGUUGGUUAAUAAAAAAGCUAAACGGCCAAUGGCUCAGGAGGGAUUUUCGAGGUAGAGAGAACGCUGGGAAGAAGGGCGGAAUGGUUAGCCAGAUAAAGAGCAAGCAGGAUGGGCUCUGUGGAGAGGCGGGAAUAAAGCCACGAGGCAGAAAGUGCACUAAAAGAUACAGGCUAAGUUAUAAGAUCUAGGUAGGAACAAGCCUAAGCUGUCAGCUGCACUUUCAUAAUUCAUAAGUCUCCAUGUCAUGAUUUGGGAGCUGGCUGGUGGGAUGGAAAACUCGGCUACAACUAUCCAUGUCAAUUAUCCCGUGGUGGUAGGAAACCCGACAAGUAUAAGCGAUGGGGAAAGGCCUUGGGUUCAUAUCUUGCUCAAAGUGAGAAUAUUCAUGAGAGGAAACUGGAUGUAAGGAAUAUGGAAAGACCUUUAUGUUUCAGAAUUGAAUGAACAUCUGAAAAAUAGUGGCUAAGAAAACUGAGUUCAAGGAAUGUGGGAACACUUGUUCGUGAUUCUGAACUUAAUUGGUAGAACAUACUCAAAAGAGACAAGAAGUGUGGAGAAACCUUUCAGAACCACGGCCUUAGGAGCACAUAAGGCAGGGAACCGCCGAAGUCCAGGGAAUGUGGAGAGUUUUAGUUUGGUCUCGCCUCUCGUGCAACAGGAAGUCCAUACUGAUGCAGCACCCGUAAGUGUGAGAAGAGUGACUCGGUGAUCGUGUAAACUUGGGUCGAAAGCUGGACAUUUGUACUCUUGUGUGGUGUGAAACCCAGAGCCUGCGCGUGCUAUACGAGUGCUCUUGUUUCCCAGCCCUCCCUGGUGAGGGAACUUAUGAAGACCGCAUUUUCCCAGGGCGUACUCUUCACUGCUGUGACAGCGUGUGACACAGAAGCAAGAAAAGCUGAUUUAUUUCUACUCAUUACGAUAAUUUCUUUUCAAAAACCCCUAAGUGUAAUACCAGAAGACCUCUGGGCAAAAUAAUAUGCCUGUCAUCCAGGGCCAUGAUAUAGUCUAUGUUAAUUUAGGAAAGACUUUACUGGUGGGCUUUUUAUGUACUGUAAGGAUGCCUUACAAGAGAAGUGGCUAUAGCUCUAUUUUAGAGUAUUUGCAAAGAAAUGUAAAUGUGUAAAAUAUUUGAGACAUUUUUAUAUGUGGAGCACAUAUUUUCUAGGAAAACUUAGAAGUGCUUUUUUUUUUUUUUAACACAACGUACAAAGUCCAAAAGAAUUUUUAAAACAUCAGAAUUUCAUUUAAAAAGUCCUGUGAGGGCCUGGAGAUGUAGCUCGGUUGGUAGGGUGUUUGCCUAGCGUGCAUGAAGCCCUGGGUUUAGUUUCCAGUUCUGCAUAAUCAUAAUCAGGUAUCGCGGUCCAUGCCUGAAAUGCUAAUGCUCAGAAGGUGGAGAUAGAGGAUCAAAAGUUCAGGGUCUUGCUUGGACCACAUAGUUAAUUCAAGGCCAGCCAGGAAUUCAUGAGACUGUCUCAAAGGAGAAAGAAAACCAUGUUUGACUAAGGUUAUAGGAGAUACGUAAUAUAGUUUACAUAUAUAACAUGUAUAUGUAUAUAUACCAUGGAAGAAGAGGGAACCAUGUGGGACUUAGUUAGCAUAAUUCUUACAUUUGAAAAGUUUCAGUUGUAAAGGAAAUGAAGAAUCUCAAGAGAGGUGAACUGGACAUUUAAAGGGAAAGGUGAUGCCAGCUCCUUUUCAGGCGUGUUUUGUGGGUGAAUGACAGUUCUGGGUGAUGCAAACGUAUGUUUAGGUCAGUGCUGAGUAUCGUGCAGAUUCAGUUCUCUGUACCUUUAGUAUUAUAUGUUCAGCAAUGGUGAGUAAAUGUACAUAUUUAAAGCAUUUAAGUAUUUCAUGUGCAUGUUAUUCUGAGAUUAUUGUCAUUUAUGAACUUUAUAACUUGGGAUAAUUCUGUCUUAUAUAUUUACUAUAAUAAAGCUAUAUUCAUUCAUGCU